AGACGGUACCAAACAGAAGAGCGGAGAAGCGACAAAGCUUUCAAGGAUGAGAAAGAGAGAAGUGAAGAGAGAGAAAGAGAGGAGAGGAGGGGAGCAAGGAAGGGAAGAAACAGAAUCUGCCACCAUCUGAUCAUCUCAACUACUACUCUUACAGGGAGCAAACAGUAAAGAGAGAGAAAAGAAUCACCGAGAAGCCAAGAAACCCUCGAGGCCAAGCAUUCAUCCCCUCCUCGGCCGCACACCUCCCCCCAUCCGCGGUGAUCGAAUCCGCGGCGCCACCCCUCCUGCAUUGGCUUCUGGAAGACGAAUGAAUUUUUGGAUGGGGAAGGCACAGAGUAAGAAUAUUCCAGCCUUCGAUGGUGCAAUUUUUUUGUGCAACUACCGGACCAGGAAGGAGUGCUUUGACAGAAAGAUUUUUGGCCUUUCUUCUAAAUGUACUGAGUUUAUACAAAAAGUUAAAUCUGGAGCAACACUGUUCCUGUAUGAUGUUGAUCAACGCAAGCUCCAUGGGGUGUUUGAAGCAACUUCAGAUGGAGCAAUGAAUAUUAUUCCUGAUGCAUAUGCCUCAUCAGGGUUUCAUUAUCCUUGUCAGAUACGUUUCAAGAGGAUUUGGUUUUGCAAGCCAUUGAUGGAAAUGGAAUUUGAAGAUGCAGUGCAGGCUAACUACUUCUCAAGAAACAGAUUUACUUACGGUUUAUCACAUCAACAGGUUGUAAAGCUUCUUCACUUGUUUUCUUCAAGGAACAGAUUACAGCCUCGUCAAAAUCCAAGGUUACAGGAUGAACCUCCAAGGGAGUCUGAAAUUUCUUCUGUGAUUAACCAAACUGAUAACCAGUCCGGUUCAAACAGUUCACAUGGUUCAUUCAAAAGCCCUGGUCAAACAUGUACCUCCUCCACUGUUGGGGAUGAUGCAGCAUCACCGACUCACAAGUUAGCAAAGCCUAUGUCAAUAAUGUACAAAGAGUUACAACCAGACAUCUCUGAUGUGGCUAAGUCCAACAGCUCGGGAACUUCCUUCCACACUGCAGCAAAUACAGACAUUGUCCCUGAACCUGGAACCCAAGAAGCAAUGGAUGACGAGUGUACUGAUGAUUAUAUACCACUACAGAUGGAGGAAGAUGACGGUGUUGAUAAUCUGUCUGAUUUGCUUGGAGAAGAGAGUCAGUCCUCAGAAUCUAAAGGCAGUAGUGACUCUGAAGAGCACACUACUUUCCACCAGUCCUGUCGCGGGAAGAAAGAUGAUUGCGAUCAGCCUAUGGCAAAUUCAAAGCUCCGUGCUGACAUUGAAGGGCGAAAAAGUGUGUUUGCUAGGUUAAUUGGGAGACCUAAAUCAUUUAGCCAAAGAGAUAAGUCCAUGACCAAACCGUUUGCAUCAAUUAAGGCUAGGUCUCAGAGGAAAAAAAAGCGGAGGGCACAGCAAAACAAGGCCUCCCCACGUGAUAAUAGUGCAACGAUCGAUAUUCCUUUGGCUGAUAAGGUGACGAGAGUUCCAGCACUGAACUAUUCAUUUGUCAGGGGUGACAACAGAAGAUCCAACAAGUUCUUUGGUGGAAAACCAAGCAACAUUCAAACAGGCCAACAUCCAUAUCUUCGUGAAGAGAACAAAUGGGAUGUCUGGGCUAAAGAACCUGACCGAUCUGAUGCAUCCAGAAAGCUGUUUGUUCCUGAAGAUAGAAGGAAAUUGACCGAGUCCUGUGACAGAGCAUUAAACAAAUACCCAGUGUCUGCUGAAGUACAUGAGAGCUGUGAAGUCACUGUUAAAGAAGAAAUCAGGACCCCUUUCUCAGAUUUUAAGCGGCGUGCUAAGUAUCCAAAUGUUGAAGGAGGAGAUGCGGAUUAUGACACUGAGGAUGUCGAGGAAGCAGCCAGGAAGAAGACGCGGCUAGCAAGUGCAUCUUACCAUCGGGAGGAGUAUCAAAGUGAAACUGCAUUGGUUCCGAAAGACACCAAACCUACAGACAUACUGACAAUAUCUGAUGGGGACUGUAAACUCAAGAGCAUUGGUUUUUCAUCUGCUGACACCUCUACUCAGAUGGCUAGAGCUUAUCUUGAAACCGAAGUGCUCCUGCCAGAUGAACAGCAAAGGAUCCAAAGCUACUGUGAAGAUGUUACAAGUGAUAAAUUAUUGAUUCUCGAAGAUUUUGGAAAUGCGCCCAAGGUCAGUUUUGGUAACGGACAGCCUGUUUUGAAUGUUGAAACUAGGAGUGAGGUGGCUUUUGGCCAUCUGGAAACUGAAACAUCCCUCCAAGAGAAACAAAACCAAAGUGCCAAGAGCUGCUAUGGAGUGGUUAACGCAGAUAAAAUGUUGCUCCUGGGGAAGCCUGGAACCAUGGAUUUCUCGCCCAACCAUGAUGAAGAUUGUCGAAGCAAGAUGUGCUUGCCAUCUGAUGGGAUUACCAGGCAUGUUUCUUCUAGCCAUCUGGUCCCUGAAAUGCCUCUGCAUCAGAAACAAACCCCUAGUAUCCAGAGCUGUUCCCGGGUGGUUCACCGUUAUGAAGUGUUGGUGCCAGAAAAUUCUGAAGAAAUGUUACCCAAGUUUGAUCGAAAUUGUGAAAGGAAUAAAAGCUUGUCAUCUGAUGAAGCUUAUAACUAUGUAGAGGCUUCCCGUCUAGAGAUUGAUGUGGCCCUGCAAGAGCAACCCUACCAAAGAGCUCCAAGCAGUGGUGAAAUUGUUAAUGCUGCUGAUCAAGCGUUAUGUCAGGAAAGUUCUGUAACCUUGAAUACAUCCCCCAUGUGUGAUGGAGAUCGUGGUAAAAACAGUUUAUCUUCUGAUGGAAUUGUUGGGUAUGUGGCCAGUGACUUUCUUUCACCUGAAAGCCAUGGAGAUAGUGCACACAAGAAUAUGUUACCGGAUCAAACUUUGGAAAUGGCGUCUAGUGAUUCUCAGCAAGCCUGUAAGCUCCCACAGGAGAAAUGUUUCUGUGGUAUUAUUGGCGAUGGCUCGGAAUAUUGUGGCACCAUGGACACAAGUAGAGGUGAUGAGGAUACUGUCCAUAAGACAUCCUUUUAUCAGAAAGAUGCUGAAGCUGUGUACUCACUGACAGGCUCUGAAAAUCAUGAAGAUACCAAACCUAUGGACAUCCUGACAAUAUCUGAGGGGAGCUGUGAACCCAAGAGCAUCGGUAUGUCAUUGAACGACACCUGUAAUCAGAUGGCUGGAACGUAUCUUGAAACCAAAAUGCUCCAGCAAGUUGAACAGCAAAGGACUCAUGGCUGCUGUGAGGAUGUUACAGGCGAUAGAUCAUUGGUUCUCGAAGAUUCUGGAAAGAACAUGUCGCCCAAGCUCAGUUUUGGUAACAUGCAGACUAUUGCUGAAACUAGGACUGAGUUGGAUGUUGGUCAUGUGGAAACUGAAGCUUCCCUCCAAGAGAAACAAAACCAAAGAGCUAGAAGCUGCUAUGGAGUGGUUAAUACAGAUGAUAUUCUGCACCUGGAGAACCCUGAAACCAUGGAUCUGUGGCCCAACCAUGACGAGGAUGGAAUUUUGCAAAUGGUGGCUACUGAUACUUCGUCUGUCUCGGAAUAUUCUGGCACUAUGGAUACCACUACAGGUAAGGGUCAUUGUGACCAAAAGACAUCUUUUUAUCAGAAAGUUGCUGAAGCUUCAUACUUGCCGACAGGCUCUGAAGAUCAUGCAGGUACUACCAACGCUCUGGCACUCAGCAAAGCAGUGCCGCAGCCGGAGACACCGUACCAAGAUCUCCCAAGCGAACACGAAGCAGCCUAUGAAAACUCCGACUCCACGGAUCCGUUUGCGGUCUGCGCUGAAGGUUACGGAAGCAGGAGUGGGAUGCCAAUUGACAGCAUCCAAGGUCAUCUGGUUGACGCCGAUCUCCUAGGAACAACCUCGGAGUCCAGGACAGGCUUCUUCGAUGGCUCCUCGAGCGAACUUGCCGAGAUGAUCAUGCUCGCACAUGACCCGGGCAAGAGCUGAUGAACCGCACUGGUCGUGCUGCGGCUUGGGAAGAGGAGGUUACCCUUUACCAAGCAGAGCACAAGACUCACUCCAGUGGGCACAGUGAACCGCCUUCUUCUCGUCGUCGUCAUCAUCAUCAUCUACGGCAUCGGAGCGUUGCUCCCUAUUACUGAAUUAAUUAAUUCCUGCAAAGUGGCAAAGUUUAUCUAAACUACUCUUUCAGACAUCCGUGGGUUUUCCCAAGUACCUCUGCCUGAAACAAAACCAUGAUUUAAGUGACAUGCUGAAGUGAGAUUUCUCUCUGUUUUACUGAUACUA